AUGACAUCUCUCAUUUUAUCCCUGGAUCCGCCAGCCUUAGUCAAGCUCCACGAUGCAUUGAUAUGCCUAGCCAAGUUCAGCGACACAGUCGCUAUCGAAGCCGAGCCAACCAUUUUGCGCCUCAGUGCCCUUAAUUCUACCAAAACGGGGUUUGCCUCCUUUGCAUUUGAAAAAGAGGUAUUCUUUGAGUCAUAUUCUUUCCAUUCUGCCAGUGAUGGCCGGAGUGGGAAUGUUUCAAUGGAUCGAUUCUUCUGUCAAAUCUACCUCAAGGCACUUCUCUCUAUUUUCCGCGGGAGAAUAGAAAAGAACAAAGACACGGCUGUUGAACGCUGUGAUAUGGAACUGCAUGAAGAUCCGCAGCAGGCCGAAUGCAGACUGACAGUGAAGAUGAUCUGCGGGCUUGGGGUUAUUAAGUCAUAUAAACUUACCUACGAACCGGCGGCAAUCCAGCAUGCCGUGUUCGACAAAUCUAGGGCUACCAGCAUGUGGAUUGCUGAUCCGCGGUUCCUCAAGCAGGUCAUUGAACACUUCAGUCUAUCUGCUGAACAGCUAGAUAUGUACUCUGAUUCCGGCAAAGCGGUGUUUACAAGUUUUACGACAAAGGUCACUGAAGGCAAAGAGGUAUUGAAACACCCCGUGCACACAUCCGUAGCAGCAGACAAACGCGACUUCCAAGAGUAUAAUGUCGAAGAAAACAUGCACGUGGCAAUCAAUCUCAAAGACUUCAAAGCUGUAGUGGGACACGCAGAAACGGCCAACGCCACCGUGACAGCACGAUACACCCGGCCCUGCAAACCACUGCAAUUGGAGUACCACUUCGAAGGCGUCAACGCAGAAUUUACAGUCAUGACCCGCGGCCAGGCGGACGACAAUGUCCCGAUGUCAUCACGAGCGACAAUUCCACGGCAAACGCCUGCGCCAAUCCCUGUCGCAACAAACAGGUCUCGUGAGACGCAGCCGUCUGUAGCACCCAGUCCGCAGAUGCCACCUCCGCCACCGCGGAGCCGGAGCCGGUCAAUUCGUCCUCUUAAUGGAUCAUCUACGCAGGAGAAUUUGAGUCAGAGAGCUGGCGCGGAUCGGCCUCUGGCAUCUGGGCUUUCGAUGGAUUUCGAUAGUCUCUUUGUUCCUGCGGAUGAUGAUAGACAAUGGGAUGAGAUGAAUGAAGAAGAGGAGCCGCAGGAUAUUCUGGGGUGGGAUGCGUCGGGGACUCAGGACGCGUUCGGGGCAUCUGUCCGCGAUGCAGAGCCUGCUUUCAAUGGCGGGUCUCGGGCCGAUGAGCAAGACGAUGAAAUGGGUCUUCCGCCGACUCAGCGUUUGUCCCAGGUUCGCCAAUAUGGUCUUUUCGACUGA